GCCCUCCUCUUCCGGAAUCUCUCUCUCUCUCUCUCCCCUCCAUACUCUGAACAGUCCCCCCGUACCUCGCGCACGUGACAACGCCUUUCCCAACACUUCCAUUGCACUCUGGACGUAUCAUAACUCACCACGUGUUCUACGCGCAUGAUAAAGCGCCAUUCUUUUCCCUUACGUCGUCUCUGCUUCUAUUCUCGACGGCUCCAAUCACAGUUAACACUCUCCAAGCUUCUUCAUCCCUCUCUCUCACUGGAGUACUCAAUUGUGUUUCUCUCACUACAUAACUGUAUCUGCAGCGUCAAUUGAGAGGUAGAAGAGUGAAGUGAUUGGGGAAUAUGAGCAAUUCGAUAGGACAUAACUUGCUUCACCAGAAUUUACUUCCUUCGAUUGUCUUAGAGCAUCAAAGUAAAAUAAAUUCUUCUUGCAUUGCCGGAAACACUUUGUUUCAAGCUCAAGCCACUUCAUUGAUACGAAACUCGCCUUUAUUAAGCGAGUUCCGCGGUAGAAGUUUAUGUGUGCGGAAAAAGAAAUUGGCUAUGGGAAAGCAUAGUUCUGCUUCUGGUUUUCCUCAGGCUGUAUUGGUCACUGAUCCAGCAUCUGAGCUUGCAGGAAGGUUCAACCUUGAUGGAAAUACCGAAUUACAGAUUGAUGUCAGGCCUCCCACUUCAGGUUCUGUGUCACAAGUUGAUAUUCAGGUCACAAAUAGUGGUGAUGGUCUAUUUCUACACUGGGGUGCGCUACAAAAUAGGAAAGAGAAAUGGGUACUUCCUACUCGUCGCCCUGAUGGAACUAAAGUGUAUAAGAACAAAGCUCUUAGAUCUCCUUUUGUGAAAUCUGGCUCCAAUUCGUUCCUGAGAAUAGAGAUUGAUGAUCCUGCAAUACAAGCAAUAGAGUUCCUUAUAUUUGAUGAAGCUCGUGACAGAUGGUUCAAAAAUAAUGGUGAGAACUUCAAUAUUAAGUUGUCGUUUAGAGAGAGGACAAUUCCAAAUGUUUCUUCAGUUCCUGAAGAUCUCGUGCAGAUUCAAGCAUAUUUGAGGUGGGAGAGGAGGGGUAAACAGAUGUACACCCCUGAGCAGGAGAAGGUAGAAUAUGAAGCGGCUCGAUCUGAGCUAUUGGAGGAAGUAGCUAGGGGAACUUCCAUUCAGGACCUUCGGGCAAGGCUAACGAAGAAAAACAAUGCAAGUGAUGCUAGGGAACCCCUUCUUUCACAAACAAAUAGCAAAAUACCUGAUGAUCUUGUGCAAAUACAAUCUUAUAUACGAUGGGAGAAAGCUGGAAAACCUAAUUAUUCCCAAGAUCAGCAACUUAGAGAAUUUGAAGAAGCAAGAAAAGAGUUGCAAAUUGAACUAGAGAAGGGUACUUCUCUUGAUGAGAUUCGAAAGAAAAUUGUCACAGGGGAGAUUAAAACUAAGGUUGCGAAGCAGCUGGAGAAGAAGAAUUAUGUUACUGUUCAAAGGAUUCAACGCAAGAAAAGGGACUUACUGCAAGUUGUCAGCAAAUAUGCUUCCAGACCCGUGGAAGAGAAGGUACCUACCAAGCCACAAGCCUUGUCUGCAAUUGCACUUUUUGCUAAGGAAAAAGCGGAACAAGGUGUUGGUCCUGUUUUGAACAAGAAAAUAUUCAAGCUUGCUGAUGGGGAACUUCUGGUGUAUAUAGCAAAGACUAAUGGUAAGACAAAAAUUCAUUUGGCUACAGAUCUCAAAGAGCCAGUUACCCUUCACUGGGCUUUAUCAAAAAGACCUGGAGAGUGGCUGGCUCCACCUCCAAGUAUGUUGCCUCCUGGUUCAGUUUCUUUAGAUAAGGCCAGUGAAACACAAUUUUCACCAAGUUCCUUCGAAGGUCCAACUCGCAAGGUCCAAUCAUUAGAAAUUGAAAUUGAGGACGGCUUUGUGGGGAUGCCAUUUGUUCUUUUGUCUGGUGGAAACUGGAUAAAGAAUAAAGGUUCAGACUUCUAUGUUGAAUUCAGUGUUGGAUCUGAGCUGGUCAAAAAGGAUGAUGGCGAUGGCAGGGGCACUGCAAAAGCGUUGUUGGAUAAAAUAGCUGAUAUGGAAAGUGAGGCACAAAAGUCCUUUAUGCACCGAUUCAAUAUUGCAGCAGAUUUGAUGGAAGAAGCCAACAAUGCUGGUGAAUUGGGUCUUGCAGGAAUCCUUGUGUGGAUGAGGUUUAUGGCUACGAGGCAGCUGAUAUGGAAUAAAAACUACAAUGUAAAGCCACGUGAGAUAAGUAAAGCUCAGGACAGGCUUACAGACUUGCUUCAGAACAUUUAUGGUGGUCAUCCAGAACAUCGUGAACUUUUGCGAAUGCUUAUGUCAACUAUCGGUCGUGGAGGUGAAGGGGAUGUAGGGCAACGAAUCCGGGACGAAAUCCUGGUUAUCCAGAGGAAAAAUGAUUGCAAGGGUGGAAUGAUGGAAGAGUGGCAUCAAAAGCUGCAUAAUAACACUAGUCCUGACGAUGUUGUGAUCUGUCAGGCACUAAUUGAUUAUAUCAAAAGUGACUUUGACAUCAGUGUCUACUGGAAAACCCUUGAUGAUAAUGGAAUAACUAAAGAACGUCUUUUAAGUUAUGAUCGAGCCAUCCAUUCUGAGCCGAAUUUUAGGAGAGAUCAAAAGGAUGGUCUUUUGCGUGAUUUGGGGAGUUACAUGAGAACAUUGAAGGCAGUUCAUUCAGGUGCAGAUCUUGAGUCAGCAAUUGCAAAUUGUAUGGGCUACAGAUCGGAGGGACAAGGUUUUAUGGUUGGUGUGCAAGUAAAUCCUGUAUCAGGCUUGCCUUCUGGUUUUCCGGAAUUGCUGCAAUUUGUCUUAGAACAUGUUGAAGAUAAGAAUGUGGAAGCUCUUCUCGAGGGAUUGCUGGAGGCUCGUCAGGAGAUUAGGCCAUUGCUUUUUAAACCGAACAUCCGUCUAAAGGAUCUUUUAUUUUUGGACAUUGCCCUUGAUUCUACUGUGAGGACAGCAAUUGAAAGGGGAUACGAAGAGUUGAAUAGUGCUAAACCUGAGAAAAUUAUGUAUUUCAUCACUCUUGUUCUUGAAAACCUCGCACUUUCAUCGGUGGAUAAUGAGGAUCUUAUCUAUUGCUUAAAGGGAUGGAAUCAAGCGCUGAGUAUGUCAAAGACUGGAGAUCGUAAUUGGGCAUUAUUUGCAAAAUCAGUCCUUGACAGAACCCGACUUGCACUCGCAAGCAAGGCGGAGUCAUACCAUCAACUAUUGCAGCCAUCUGCAGAUUACCUUGGAUCAAGGCUUGGAGUGGACCAGUGGGCGGUGAAUAUAUUCACAGAAGAAAUUAUUCGUGCUGGAUCAGCUGCGUCAUUAUCCUCUCUUCUUAAUCGACUCGAUCCUAUUCUUCGGAAAACUGCUAAUCUGGGAAGUUGGCAAGUUAUCAGUCCAGUCGAAGCUAUCGGAUAUGUUGUUGUGGUAGAUGAGUUGCUUUCUGUUCAGAAUAAAUCUUAUGGACAGCCAACAAUUUUGAUUGCCAAAUCUGUAAAAGGAGAGGAGGAAAUUCCUGAUGGUACAGUUGCUGUGCUGACACCUGACAUGCCAGAUGUCCUAUCUCAUGUGUCUGUUCGAGCGAGAAAUAGCAAGGUUUGCUUUGCCACAUGUUUUGAUCCCACGAUUUUGGCUGAAUUCCAAGCAAAUGAAGGGAAAUUGUUGUGCCUAAAGCCUACAUCUGCAGAUAUACAAUAUAGUGAGGUGAAAGAGACCGAUCUAACAGGUUCAACUAACUUGAAAGAAGAUGGUCCUUCAUCGUCUGUAACUCUUGUCAGGAAGCAGUUUGGGGGUAAAUAUGCCAUAUCAUCUGAAGAAUUCACAAGCGAAAUGGUUGGAGCUAAAUCCCGCAACAUUGCAUAUCUGAAAGGAAAAGUGCCAUCUUGGGUUGGGAUCCCUACUUCAGUUGCUCUUCCGUUUGGAGUUUUUGAGAAAGUUCUUUCACAUCACUUAAAUCAGGUUGUAGCAGAAAGGUUGCAGUUUCUGAAGAAUAAGUUAGGAGGAGGAGAGUUCAGUGUUCUUGGUGAGAUACGCAAGACAGUUUUAGAGCUUGCAGCGCCACCCCAAUUGGUGGAAGAGCUCAAAAGCAAGAUGCAAAGUUCUGGCAUGCCUUGGCCUGGUGAUGAAGGUCAGCAGCGAUGGGAACAAGCAUGGAUGGCUAUAAAAAAGGUGUGGGCUUCAAAAUGGAAUGAGAGAGCAUACUUCAGCACAAGGAAAGUAAAAUUAGAUCAUGACUGUCUUUGCAUGGCUGUCCUCGUUCAGGAAAUAAUAAAUGCUGAUUACGCAUUUGUCAUUCAUACUACCAACCCAUCUUCAGGAGAUGCAUCAGAGAUAUAUACUGAGGUGGUGAAGGGCCUUGGAGAAACUCUAGUUGGAGCUUAUCCAGGUCGUGCUUUGAGUUUUACCUGCAAGAAGAAUGAUCUUGAUUCUCCCCAGGUUUUGGGUUACCCAAGCAAACCCAUUGGCCUUUUCAUAAGACGAUCUAUCAUCUUUCGAUCUGAUUCCAAUGGUGAAGAUCUGGAAGGUUAUGCCGGUGCAGGCCUUUAUGAUAGGUGAAGUUACUAAAAGUUAUCUUAGGCUGAUAAACUGUAUUGUAGUCUCAUUCCCUUAGUCUCCCUUACCAGGCCAGCAAUGUAAGAUCCUUAAUCUUGCUCAUCUGCGUAUUUGACCUCUUUGAUCUGUUGUUCUGGCCAGAAUUUUUAUAAAAUUCCUCCUGGACAUAUAUUUAUGAGUUGUGCUAUAUUACUCUUUAAAGUUGUCAUAUUGGGUUUCCUUGAAAUUCUUUCUGCAGUGUGCCGAUGGAUGAAGAGGAGAAAGUUGUGCUAGAUUACUCGUCUGACCGGCUGAUCAAUGAUGGUAACUUCUGUAAAUCAAUCCUCUCUAGCAUUGCUCGUGCCGGACAUGCAAUUGAGGAGCUUUAUGGAUCUCCUCAAGACAUUGAAGGUGUAGUGAGGGAUGGAAAAAUCUAUGUUGUCCAGACAAGACCCCAGAUGUGAUCUGAUUCGUAAUCUAUAUAGCAUUAUUGAAAGAGGGCCGCUGAUGGAGGAAUUUCUGCUGUCCAGGCUAGACCCCAAAUGUGGCACAGGUUCCAUUGUAUUAUCGAAUAAUUUAUGCCGUUUAAAGGAGGCAUUAUGUAACACAUAGGAGCAAAAAGGGUGUAAUUGACACUAAAACAGCAAUUACCAGAGGGGGACUUCAUAUGAAAAUGUCUCUCGGAGGGUGACCUUUUUACCGGAAAAAGCCUUGCUGGUGUAUUCACAAAAGGUAAAUGUUCUAAAUUUAUUACCUUAAGCACACAAAUACUAUGUCGCUCAGGAGGAUCCAUAAACCUCGACGUGGGUUUAAUGUUCUAUUGUUACCUCUAUAAUGUAUAUCUAGCGAAUUAUGGACAACUGAAGUUGAAUAAAAUGUUGCUAUGUGCAUUAUGUCAUU